CCUGACUUGCAGCCGCCGGUAUACUCCUCCCCUUUCUGAUGGCGGGUUACUUUCCAAGUUGCCCGUGUUUAUGGUUAUCAUCAACAAUCCUGGUAAUAAUGUUACAGCAAUCAUGGGCUAUUACAACUGCAUCAUCAGAAAUCAAGAUACUGAGUCAAACGCUACUUGAAACAGCAAGAGAACCAGAAUUUUUCAAUUGGAUGAAAACAAUCAGAAGAAAGAUCCAUCAAUAUCCAGAGCUAGCAUUCGAAGAGCAUAAAACAAGUGAACUCAUUAGAUCAGAACUCGAUUCACUUGGAAUCACUUACUCUUGGCCAAUCGCUAAAACUGGCGUAGUGGGGUCUGUCGGGUCUGGUUUAACCCCAUUGUUUUCACUCAGAGCAGAUAUGGAUGCUCUACCACUGCAAGAAUUAGUGGACUGGGAGUAUAAGAGCAAGAACGAUGGGAAGAUGCAUGCCUGCGGCCAUGAUGUCCAUGUGACCAUGCUUCUUGGAGCAGCUAAGUUGCUUCAGCACUGGAGAGACAAACUGAAGGGAACGGUGAAGCUCGUUUUUCAACCAGGAGAAGAAGGUCGUGCAGGAGCAUACCAUAUGCUAAAAGAGGGCGCCCUUGCAAAUGUUUCGGCCAUUGUCGGUUUACAUGUUGACCCUUACUUGCCAACUGGAACAAUUGCUUCAAGACCUGGUCCACUUCUUGCAGGUUCCGGAAGGUUCAAAGCGACAAUUCAAGGGAAAGGUGGACAUGCUGCAACACCACACACUACCCAAGAUCCAGUUCUAGCGGCAUCUUUCGCAAUUCUUGCACUCCAGAAUAUUGUGUCUCGAGAAACUAAUCCACUUCAAAGCGCAGUGGUUUCAGUUGGGCUCAUCAGGGCUGGCCAAGCAGGAAACGUAAUCCCAGAAUCUGUCAAUUUUGGAGGCACCUAUAGAAGCUUGACCACUGAAGGUUUCUCAUAUCUACGCCAACGAAUCAAAGAGGUGCUACAAGAUCAGGCAAUCGUACAUCGGUGCACGGCAACUGUAGACUUCAUGGAGGAUACACUAGUACCGUACCCACCUACUGUGAAUGAAGAAACUAUGUACAAGCUUGCAAAGAAAGUCGGGACUGAACUCCUUGGUGAACCAAAUGUAUACCUAUCUCCGAUGAGUAUGGGAGCAGAAGACUUCAGCUUUUACUCACAGAGGAUGCCAGCCGCAUUUUUCAGUGUAGGAACUAAUAAUGAUACCACAAACUCAGUUAAGGGGUUGCACUCACCACACUUCACCGUCGAUGAAGAGGUUCUUCCCAUUGGAGCAGCUUUCCAUGCUGCAGUAGCUAUGACUUACUUGAAUAUCCAUGCUGUUUAAGACAUAUAUCUGUAACUUGGGGGUUUUCACUGUUGGAAGCUUAAUAACAGGAAAUUGGCUAGAAGUAUAUGUCUUGUGCUUAUGCCCAGCUCUGAUAUUUUGGCAAGUACCCAGACACUUUGUCAACUCCAUUUGUGAAAACUUGA